CACUGAUUAUUCAUUAGCAAGAAUAACCAAUACCGUUCCCAUAGGUAAUGAAUCAGUAACCAGUUGACUAGGCAAAUUUACCCAAUGUACACAAGGGACAUCAAAAUCAGCCUUGAGGGAAAACAAGGAUUUUGCAAAGUCUGUUUUCAGUAAGAUUACCAGAACUAAAAGAGGACACAUUCGCUCUGAACGAACCCACAGGGUUUUUUUUUUCUUAACGCUGAAGCCCUGAUCUAGAUUAUGUAAGGAAGCUGAAAAGGACUCUGCUAAUAUCAUAGUUAUUUCUGCACUGUGAUGGACAGGCUUGACCUCCAUUCAGCUCCAUCCACCGCUGACACCAUCCUGCAGGGUCCCAGCACUGCUCUUACAAACAAUAUCUACGCUGCUGUUAUUAAGGUGUUCAGGGGAGAGGAACUACAGCCGAAUGAACUGUACUGCUUGAAUGAAAAUACCAGGUGGCUUCUAAGGACAGAUAUGGGGUUCUUUAUCAGAGAUUAUUUGCAGAAUCAGAUUUUGACCAAAGGUCUAUCAAUCAUUUUGGAUGAGAUUCAGAAGCAUGAAGGAGAGAGACAGCCGUUUGUUUUGGCCCAGGUGUGGGAUAGGUUUUUCACUGAGAUUCUGCCCACGUUGGUCAAACCCUACUUAUGGAACUGCAGACACGCAAGCUGCACUGAACAAAGCGCCACAAGAGCACCAGUGAGUCAUCCUGAGAUAAGGAUUACUCAUCACAUCUCUGAAGGCUCUCUGCUGUCCCCUGUAGUAGAACAUGAAGGGGAGAUGUACUUCGAGCGAGUGGGAAACCUACGACGCCACAGCCUGACAAAUGCUCAUUCUGACAUUAAGCUGCUGCCAAAUUAUGGAUCUGACUAAAACACACCUCUGAAAUCUGCCAUGUU